UCUUGGUCGUUGUGAGUUCGCCGGCGAGCUAACUAAGCUACGAGCUAACACGCAGAACACCGCGAUUUCAGUGACAAUGUUUAAUUUAUAUCGUUCAUACUACACAUUAAAUAUAUAUAUAUGCCCUCUGUGGUAGAAGUAAGUGCUGAGUUUGGGUGUUUCUGCGCGGUUUUGAUAAAUAAAGGACUUGUUAGCGCGGACUGCGGCACAGAAACCAACACUCUUGACUGUAAUGUAGGCGUCCAUGGCGUCCUGCAGCGCGCCCACAACGGAAGACAGUUUCCCGACGUUGCGACCACGACGCAUCCAGAACCAGAACGUGGUCCAUCGUCUGGAGCGCCGGCGCAUCUGCUCGGGCCGCCCUGGGGCACACUGGUACAGGGUGCGCUGCUUCCACCAGAAUCUCUUCCCCAACUUUACUGUGGUGAACGUGGAGAAGCCCCCAUGCUUUUUGCGCAAGUUCUCUCCAGAUGGACGCUGCUUCAUCGCGUUCUCCUCGGACCAGACCUCCCUGGAGAUAUACGAGUACCAGGGAUGCCAGGCUGCCGAGGACCUGCUCCAGGGCCAGGAAGGAGAGACUUUGGCCAACGGGAAUGACCAGCGCUCUCUGAACAUCCGCGGGCGGCUCUUCGAGCGCUUCUUCUCUCUCCUCCACGUCACCAACGUGGCCUCUAACGGGGAGCACCUGAACCGUGAGUGCAGCCUGUUCACGGACGACUGCCGCUACGUUAUAGUGGGGUCUGCGGCCUACCUGCCCGAGGAGCCGCACCCGCACUUCUUCGAGGUUUACCGCAACAACGAGUCCGUGACUCCAAACCCGCGGUCUCCUCUGGAGGAUUACUCGCUCCACAUCAUAGACCUGCACACGGGCCGUCUGUGCGACACACGCACCUUCAAAUGUGAUAAGAUCAUCCUGUCUCACAACCAGGGCCUCUACCUGUACAGGAACAUACUAGCCGUGCUGUCUGUCCAGCAACAGACCAUCCAUGUGUUUCAGGUGACUCCAGAAGGAACUUUCCUGGACGUCCGAACCAUUGGACGUUUUUGCUACGAGGAUGACCUUUUGACCCUUUCGGCGGUGUACUCCGAGGCUCAGGCGGAGGGUCAGCCGGGUUUCUCUCGACUCUACAAGGAGAAAAGCAUCAACUCUCUGAAACACAGACUCCUGGUGUACCUGUGGAGGCGAGCGGAGCAGGACGGCAGCGCCACGGCCAAACGCAGGUUCUUCCAGUUCUUCGACCAGCUGAGGCAGCUGAGAAUGUGGAAGAUGCAGCUUCUGGACGAGCAUCACCUCUUCAUCAAAUACACCAGCGAAGACGUGGUCACCCUCCGGGUCACCGACCCCUCUCAGCCCUCUUUCUUUGUCGUGUACAACAUGGUCACCACUGAGGUGAUCGCGGUGUUUGAGAACACUUCGGACAAGCUGUUGGAGCUGUUUGAGAAUUUCUGCGAUCUUUUCCGGAACGCUACGCUCCAUAGCGAGGCCGUGCAGUUCCCCUGCUCCGCGUCCAGCAAUAACUUCGCCCGGCAGGUCCAGCGCAGGUUUAAGGACACUAUAGUGAAUGCUAAGUAUGGUGGUCACACAGAGGCGGUCCGCAGGCUGCUGGGUCAGCUCCCCAUUAGUGCGCAGUCAUACAGCAGUAGCCCCUACUUGGAUCUCUCACUCUUCAGCUACGAUGACAAGUGGGUCUCUGUCAUGGAAAGACCCAAAACAUGUGGAGAUCAUCCCAUACGGUUUUAUGCAAGGGAUUCUGGUUUGCUGAAGUUUAAAAUUCAGGCUGGCCUGCUGGGCAGACCGAUUAACCACACCGUCCGGAGACUGGUCGCCUUUACCUUUCACCCUUUCGAGCCUUUUGCCAUUUCUGUACAGCGCACGAACGCUGAGUAUGUUGUCAACUUCCAUAUGCGCCACGGGUGUGUGUGAACAGACUACGGACCGUUUCUGAAUGAACUGAGUGUCUGCUUUUUCAACGCUUUUUUUUUUUUUGCUUCAAUCCUCAAGCUUUUUGUUUUCACAGUGGAAAAGAACAGGCUGUUCUGAACUGUGAUAAUUUCUUCAUAGCCAGGAGAGAUUGGAGCGGUGCUUGCUGGAUUUUAAAAUGACAGCAGUGACGUCUGUGAGGGACGCAUGUGUGCUGUUUUUUUAUGAUUAAUAUCCCUUUUUUAUAUUAAAGCGUUAUUUAUUGUAGAUACGAUGUAUUAUGUUUCACUCUUUUACGGAUCGUUUUAUAGGAAAUAAAAGCUGCUUUGGAGCGUUUAGGCCUUCUGAUCUCA